AUGAUGCGCGUAGCAUCAUUUCUGUUGUGCCUUUUGUUCGUGGCAUCAGUGGCAUGCGACGAUAUAGAAACAAGCCCGGUGCAAAGUUUCCUGGAAACGAUCAACAAAUGGCGUCCAGUGCUUAAGGAUAUCUUCGGAAGCGUUUAUGAAACAGUGAAUCGAGUCGCUUUCGAAGCAGCUCUAAAGGAAGCAGUCAACUUGAUGGACCAGGCUUACCCCGCACAGCCUCCACCCAUCGUGCCUGAACGUUGGUGGGGGGAGAACCAGUCCAAUGACACUAGUGUGAGGGAGUUUACAGUGCGUUUCACCGACGAGAUGAUAACCGAUCUUCGCUACCGCAUAAACCACCGUAGAGACUUUACGCCAGCGCUCCAGGGCGUCGCUAACACCUACGGUACCAACUCCGCCUUCCUCGCCCAAUUUCUCGAGCAAUGGGCUAACGAAUACGACUUUAAAGCGAGAGAACGUUGGCUGAAUAAUUUUCCACAAUAUGUCACGAAUAUUCAGGGUCUAGACAUCCACUUCAUCCACAUAACACCUCCCAACCCUCGCAAGAAGGUGGUUCCAAUCCUCAUGCUGCACGGCUUCACGGUCACCGCCUUCGAGUAUGUCCACGUCAUUCAGAACCUGAUAAAGGAGAGAGAUGACUCCGACUUCGAGUUCGAGAUCGUCGUACCGAACUUACCGGGAUAUGGGUAUUCAGAGGCCACAUCCAAGCCCGGCUUGGCGUUGUACCAAAUGGCCAUCAUCAUGAAGAACCUGAUGCUGCGCCUGGGCAAAGAACAGUUCUACAUCCACGCCGGGGACAUAGGACACAUGGUGGGGGAUGCUCUUGCUACACUCUUCCCCGAGAGAGUGCUGGGAUUCCAUACUAAUUUGCCAUUCAGUUUGCGUCCCCAAUCGUUGACCAAAUGGGUGCUAGGGCAGCUGUACCCGCCAGCAGUGGUUGACGCGAGAUACGAAAGCCGGAUGUAUCCGUUAUUAACUAAUUUGCAGUUUUACCUGGAGCACUUCGGCUACUUUCACAUACAAGCUACUAAGCCGGAUAACUUGGGACACGGCCCCGACGAAUCCCCAGUGGCUUUAACUUCCUGGCUCCUUGAGCCCAUCAUGAUGGGCACGAACAUCAGCAGCCAGUACUUCGUCGACGGUAACCUGACGCAGUACUACGAUAUGAAUGAUUGGUUCGACACCUUCACCGUCUACUGGUCGAGCAAGAGUGCGAUGACUGCUAUGCGAUCAUAUGCUGAGUGGCUGGCGUGGAAGAGUAAUCCGCUGUCGUAUGAUAUCAUGACGACUCCGACGCCCGUGUUGUUCGCCGCCAUCAACUUUGGCGCAGAGAUAAUCUACAUGCCCGACGACUUGCUUCGUGACAAAUACCCCAACCUGGUUCAGACGACCACGUUGGACGUCGGAGGACAUUUCGCUGCCUACCUGAUGCCUGAUGUGCUGGCUAACAGCAUAUGGACGUCCGUGGCCAAGAUGGAAAUAGUCCAUACAAAUCAAGCCGCAAAAUCUUAA